AUGGAAGCCAGCGAGCUGUCUAUAGCAAUGAUCUUCUUAUCUUUGACUAUGAUUGGAUCUCUGGGGAAUUUCUCUCUUCUCCACCACUACAUGUUUGUUUACCUAAUGAGGUACAGAUUAAAGUUUACAGACUGGGUUCUGAUGCACUUGAUUGUAGCCAACAUCUUAACUGUACUGACUAAAGGAGUACCUCAGACAAUAGUAGCUUUUGGGUUGAACAACUUCUUCAAUGAUGUUGGAUGCAAAUUGGCUUCCUCUCUUCACAGAGUAAGUAGGGGUGUGGGGAUUGGCAGCACCUCCUUCCUCAGUAUCUUUCAGGCCAUCAUCAUCAGCCCCACGAACUCCAGGUAUUCAGAACUUAAAAUAAAUUCACGCAAGUACAUCUGUUACUCUGUGUACCUGAACUGGGUAAUUCAUUUCCUUAUUAGCAGUAUUAAUCUUGUGCACAUGAGGGCAAAAUAUGGAAAUGAAAGCACAGAAAACUUGAAAUCUUUUUUAUACUGCUAUGCUCCCCGUCAUGACCAAACCAGUGAUAUCAUGUAUGCAACAUUGCUGUCAGCUCCUGACAUUCUUUUUCUGGUACUCAUGUUAUGGUCCAGUGGCUCCAUGGUUGUCACCCUGUACAGGCACAAGCAAAGAAUGCAACACAUGCCCAGGACCAAUGUUUCUUCCAGAUCCUCCCCUGAGACAAGAGCCACUAAAACCAUUCUUCUACUGGCCAGUACCUUUGUCUCCUCUUACACAAUCUCUUCGCUCUGUCAACUCUUUGGGGCUAUUGUAUAUAAUCCCAGCUGGUCUCUGGUGCAUGUGACUGCAAUGGCCUCUCUACUUUUCCCCACUGUUUGUCCUUUUCUCCUCAUGAGUCAUGAUUCUCAGGUAUCCAGCUACUUCCUACUCUGGAAAAUGAGAAGACAUUUUCCCAAGGCCUCUGAUCAAGAGCUGAACUGA